AUGCCGGUCCUGCAUCUGCCCUCCAUAACCCCCAUUUUCGAACAGCAGCAGGCUCCAUGCUCGCACAGAGAGACGGGACAGCAAUCAAACGUAUAUAAGGUGUCCUCGAGAGAUUCCUUCACGCAGCCCACAUCUCUCGAAGACGUGUCCUAUUUCGUGUAUACGCAAACAAUUAAUCCCGAAGAAACAAUGGAAAACUCGAAUUCGACAACGCCCUCGCACAAUAAUGAAGGAUUGUCCCUUCCUACCCCUCCAACCUCUCCGCCCCCUCCGUAUAGUAACCCAGGAUCAUCGAUGGAGUUAGGUAAUGAGUUGUAUUGGAAAUUUAUCCUCCUCUCUCUAACAAUGUCCCUAGGACACGCGCGUGGGGUUGUGGCUACGAUGGGGAAGGUGGACUGCAAGGAUGUUUCCGUAGAAGUGCAUGGACUCCAAGUGACCGCUGUGGAAGUGGUGGAAGAACAUGCAGAGAUGAGCUUCAAGGACGGACAACUGGUGGCGUUUGCAGAGGAUAAUCAUAGAGCAGGAUCAGAAGGUGGAACCUCCUAUCUUCUCCGAGAACAAGGCCAUGCUCGUGGUAUCAUUGUUCGAAAAGGAACUUUGAAAAUGGAAGGAACCAAAGUUUAUGCCAAAGGAAGAAGUGUGACGGGCGCGGACGCCUUUAGCAAGAAUGCUGACAUGACUUUGAAAAGAAUUGAGAUAAAAGGUAUUGCUGUAGUUGAUUCGAGCUUGAGUGCCCCAUGGGUGAGCAAGGAGGACGCGUUUGACUCAUUUGUGUCCGAUGACCUUGGAAGCAACCAGUCGAGCCUCUACGGCAAGAGCACGAGCCUCAGUCAUGCGAGCACUCCACGUGUUGAAAAGUCUAAGUACCCAUGGUAUUUCUGCAUUGAGAGAGAGUCAAAGUCCAAUAGAGCAGCUCUU